UGAGAAUGGGCCCUGACCCACCCCCUGGGGCGGGGGCCAAUCGCAAGGCUCUUCGCGUUGAUGGACUGGACAGCUCGGCCGUGAGCCUGGCCGCUGUCACCACGGAACCCUGUGAUUGGUUUGCAGGGAAAGGCGCGGAACCAAUGGGGGUCAGGGCUCGCGAGAGGCGGUGAGCGCGGGAAAGCGCCCCUUAUUAAUGGUGGCGGGAGAGUCCUUUUCUGGUCCUUGUCCAGCGAGACACCUUUGGCAGGGAAGUCAGUGCAUUUCCGUCGUCUCCUCGCGCUUUAACAUGGUGCGGACUAAAGCAGACAGUGUCCCGGGCACUUAUAGGAAAGUGGUGGCCUCUCGAGCUCCCAGGAAGGUGCUGGGUUCCUCCAACUCUGCCACUAAUUCCUCGUCGCUUUCAUCGGCAUUGAAGAAAGCUGAAAAUAAGUAUUCAGGAGGGAAUCCAGUUUGUGUACGUCCAACUCCCAAGUGGCAAAAAGGAAUUGGAGAAUUCUUCAGGCUUUCCCCUAAAGAUUCCGAAAAAGAGAAUCGAAUUCCUGAACAGCCAGGAAGUAGUGGCUUAGGAAAAACAAAGAGAAAAGCACGUCCUUUGCAACCUGAUCACAGUGAUGAUGAAAAAGAAUAAACCUUCUUACUCAUCUUUGAAUAAUGUCUCCUGUUUACUCUGCUUUUCUAGGAUCUAAAUUUGUACAGACGUGUUUGUUCCAUUAGCUUUGUUGAAUAGGUAUUUAAUUUAAAACAUGAGGCUAAAAUUUAGUUAUUCCGAAGCAAGCAGAUAUGAUUGGAGAAUUUGUAAAAAUUAUGGUUAUUUAGCUUAAUACUGUAUUCAAAAUAAUGUUUCUUUUAUCUGCUACUAAGCUUUUUGUUCUUAUUAAAACAAAUCAUUGUGUGAUGUUCUAAUUAAUAAUCUUGUGUAUUUGAUAUUUGCUUAGAUCUUUGUAUUGAUACCAUUUUUAUUGGCAUUGGCAUCUGAUUUGGAAUAGUGCCAUAUUUUUAUGACUUCCAUUUGCUUUAAAAAGCAGAGUUAGACUUUUGCUCAUUAAAAAUCAUCAGUAUUAAUUAAACUUAAUCUUUAUCAUUCUUCAUUAAGGAAGCCAAAGGUGUAAUGUUGAAAAAAUUUGAACAGGUAUCUUCUUCCUUUCAGAUAAAGUUAAGGACAGUUUGGUCUUGAGGGUUUAAACAAGUGAUAAUCAAAACUUAAGAACAAAGCUGGGUGUGAUGGCACACACCUGUGAUCACAGCUAUUGUGGAGGCUGAAGCAGAAGGACGAUAAAUUCCAGCCCAGCCUGGGCAACUUACCAAGAACUGGUGUCAAAAUUUAAAAAAAAAAGAAGAAUAAGAGCUGGGCUUGUUCUGUCAUAGAGCGUUUGCCCUGCAUGUGUCAUGUCAGGCUCUGGGUCCAGUCCUCAGUGGGGUGAGCAAACAAACCGAAAAGUUAAAAAUAUUAGCAUAGAACCAGAAAGAAAGAUUUGAUGGAGUACAUAAAAAGAGAAAUUUUCCUUGGAUAUAUAUUUGACUCCAUUUCAUAAAACAUUACCUUUUGAGCUUAUACUUUUAAAGUUGGAAAUAAAUAAAACAUGAUAAGCAAAUCAUGCCAUAAGGCCAGAGCUAUAUCUGAAAUACUUGGAGUUCCCACUACAUUUCUCAAGAUAGCCAGCAGUAAAAUUGAAAAAGUGUGUGUAAUAUUACUUGUUAACUGAUGUCUUGCUUCCUUAUAACACUUUUUGCUUAGUGUCAGGGUGUCACUUUUCAAAAUAACCGUGUUUAGGCCAGGGAUUUAGCUCAGUGGUUUCACCGCCUGCUGCGCAAGCGCAAGGACCCAAGUUAGAUCCUCGGUACCAAAAGAAAAAAAACAAAGAACAAAAUAACUGUGUUUUGAUAGGCAUGUUUUUCUGAAAUUUGCUUGAAAUAAAUGCUUAUUUUUACAAUACA